AUGCAUCUGCCACCAACACAAAACAACACCGAGAUCAUAAAAAGCAUGAUGGUGGCGUACGCUUUCAUCAUCAAAUCAGAUGAUGUACCCCAGCCCACACCCCCAGACCAGCCCACACCCCCAGACCAGGACUUUCCUCAACACCUGAACCUCCCCCAAGACCAGCCCACCCCCCCAGACCAGCACCUUCCUCAACACCUGAACCUCCCCCAAGACCAGCCCACCCCCCCAGACCAGCACCUUCCUCAACACCUGCACCUCCCCCAAGACCAGCCCACCCCCCCAGACCAGGACUUUCCUCAACACCUGAACCUCCCCCAAGACCAGCCCACCCCCCCAGACCAGCACCUUCCUCAAGACCAGACCACCCCCCCAGACCAGGAAAUUAUAACCCUAACCCUUUUCCCCAUAGACCCGCAGCCUCUACCACUCACAAAAACACAAACCUCACUAUCCACCCCAGGCCCACCAUCCACCCCAGGCCAAUCCAUCCAACCUCGACAAAGGAAAAGACGAACCGCAGGCACAAGUGCCACUCAAUCUGCCCCACCCUCCACCCUUGGCAAAAAGAAGAAAUCAAAAAGUUGCAAAUGCAGUCGACAGACCAUUUAUCCAUAUGACCAAAUAUUGGAAAGACGGAUGAAUGAGGGGAAGGCAGCAGAGGUCAAAGUGCGCUGGCUCCCUUGCUCUUCCUGUGGAAGAGUCUGGGAGGACACCUGGGAGCCGGCCAGCCUAUUUGUCUGAUGACCUUCACCUCUCUGCUAUUUGUUUUGUAUAUUUGU